AUGAAGUUGCGAAUGAAAUUUUUACUAGAUGCGGCAAAAGGUAUUCAAUAUUUACACGAAAAUGGAAUUCUACACAGAGACAUCAAAUCAGACAACUUCCUUGUGUUAUCACUUGACUUGAAUGAGAAGGUGAAUGCAAAAUUGACUGAUUUUGGGUCAUCAAGAAAUGUUAAUAUGCUAAUGACUAACAUGACAUUCACAAAAGGUGUCGGAACUCCAACAUAUAUGGCUCCUGAAAUUUUAAAGCAAGAAAAAUACAAGAAGAGUGCAGACAUUUAUGCAUUUGCAAUCACUAUGUUCGAGACAAUUUUUUGGAAGGAAGCAUUUUCAAAAAGUGAAUUCAAAUAUCCAUGGAAAAUUGCAGACUUUGUUAACAAUGGAAAUCGCUUACAAAAAGUGGAUUGUAUGACUGAUGAACAGUAUAAACUAAUAUCAAACUGUUGGGCUCAUAACAAAGAAGAUAGAAUUACAAUAGAAGCUGCGAGAGAGCAACUUGAAAAAUUGUUGAAAUGA